GCGGCCACUCAUUGUGACUCGGGUUGUCGCCGUCGUCGCACCGCAACUCGCACGCCUCCACUCGCGCACUCGAUCAGCUGUUCACGAUCAAUCGACACGACUCCGCGAGGAAACUCGAGCCCUAGAUAAGCCGCUGUGCGGUGUAGCAUGGAGCUGUUGUGCGCGGAACGCGUGAGCCCCGGCAGCGAGCGGGCGAAGGCCGGCCCGACGCCCGCCGCCGCCGCCGACCCCGUGCUGCUGCGCCGGCGCGUGUUGGACAACCUGUUGCGCACCGAGGAGCGUUACGCCGUCACCGCCAAUUACUUCGGCACCGUGCAGACCGAGAUCACCCCUCAUAUGCGCCGAGUGGUCGCCGAGUGGAUGUUAGAGGUUUGCGAAGAUCAGAACUGCCAGGAAGAAGUGUUUACGCUGGCGAUGUCCUACCUAGAUCGGUUCCUUAGCACCUGCACGGUUGGGAAAAGUCAGCUUCAACUACUGGGUACGGCCUGUUUGCUGCUAGCCUCCAAGCUGCGGGAACCGAGUUCGCGAGGCCUCCCCGCAGAUUUACUGGUCUUCUACACGGCAAACAGCAUUACGAUUUCGGAUUUAUGCAGCUGGGAAUUGCUUGUGCUGUCGAAACUAAAAUGGGAUGUCGCUGGAGUGACGGCUCACGACUUUCUGCCACUCCUGAUAUCACGGCUGCCACUCCGUGGUGGACGUGUCACCAGUGAAAUGGUGCAGAGGCACGCCCAGACCUUCAUCACAGUAGCCGUGAGAGAUUAUGAGUUCACGUUAUACUCGGCCAGCACUCUUGCGGCGUGCAGCAUUGCGGCUGCUUUGCGAGGCCUGGAAUUAGACGGCCACCUGCCUCGAUUACAUGAACUGACAGGCAUAGACUUGGACUGCUUACAAACGUGCCUGGAGCAAAUCGAGGAGCUCGUGCAGGGCCUGAUUGAACGUGUAGUGUCUGUCCCAAACGGACAGAGCCGGGAGGCGUCGGGCUGGACGCCUCCUCCGACGCAAGACAAGCCCCACAAUAACGCUGCCACACCCACCGACGUCAGAGAUGUCCACUUCUGAAACUGUGGUCCCGAUUAAAUAGAAACGUGGGCCGUCGCUUUAACUUCGGUGCAGUACGAAAAUACUUUAAACUAGAACAUUUGAACGGUGUACCCGUGAUCGAGGACUGAUACCAAGACUGACAAUGUGUCUAACAUAAGUACCUACUACUUAUCGUGUAUAAUUUUUAAUUUAAGAACGAAGUUUAUCUUAAUAGUUGACGUCGUUUUGCCCUUUGUGCUUCUUGUAAAAUAGCGCCUAGCCUUAACAUUUCUUCCACACGAGCGAGGCGCGUUAUAUAACGAUAUAGGAAAUGAAUCACCGAUAGAAUUUUCUCUUAGUUCAUAAUAGGUAUCUUGAAAUUACGAUCUACCUCUUUAUUUAUAGGAAACAAUUUUCAUUAUCGCCUGAAACGAUAAUAUUAUACAUUUAUUAUUUUAUAUAAGGUUUCGAUAUGAGAUAAUCGAAAUAUCUAAUCUAACUAACAAUUAUACGAAAUUGCUACAUCAUAACUCACGGGACCAAAGUUAAUUCCUAGCAGCGAAAACGUACGAGAUCCUCUUACUGAAGUUCAUCGUAUUGCAGUACGUAUAUAAUUAUUUUCUUCCCAAAUAACUGAAAUAUUUUCUAUUAUCGUUUUAAAAUAUGUAUUCUAUGGAUCACAGUAAAAGUAAAAGUUUUCGGGGGAAGGCAAUAUAUUACGCUUGAAUGUUGCAACUUUAAAUAUUAUAUUCAAGUUUUAAAAUACGUUUAACAGAAAUAUGAUGGUAUUACACCAUACAGACACUAGCUAAACACAGUAUAUAUAUAUAUAGAGUAUUUGAUAUAUGUUAGUAGAAGGACAAGGGCUACAUGAAAGUUAAAUUAUUUAUAAGACGACAAAAUAAAGAUAAAAAAGGUAGUUUUAAGUGCCUAAUACAUAAUGUGAUAGUUUAACUAACAGUUUAAACUUGAUUUCAUAGUCACUUCCAGUCAUAAUAUGUUAAAGUAGGAGUACUAUGUUAUGUUGUAAGGUAAUAUAAGCAAAAUCUGAAAUAAAAGAAUUGUGAUUCAAUUAUUAUUAAUAGAAUAUAUUAAAUAUGUAUAAUAGUUUCCAUACAAUAUUGUUCCUAAUACUUUGACUUUUGGAAAUAGGUAAAUUACACACGCCAAUAGAUAUUAGAACUAGGUUUUCGUACUUAAUGGUUCUAUUCUGUUGUAGAUAGUUAUAAGUUUAACUUUAAAAUGUGAUAGUUUCCACAGAUAUUAUAAUAGGUGUGUAAUUGUAAGUACGGGUGGCGCAGUUAGCUAACUUUAAGAUUGCUAUAAGUCGUGUGCAUUUAAAAGAAUUAGUUAUUUUAAAUAAUUUAGUCCAACGUCUUCCAUAUAGUAAGCUUCGAAUGUAGCCGCAGUACGGCUCAUAUAUUUUUGUUAGGUUUCUUCUUUAAUUUUUCUAUUUUAUUGGGUAACUUUGUAAAUAUGAAACUGUACAUAUAAAGUAUAUUUGCUCUAAGCAUUUGGUGCCAUAAGUAAAAUGACUAAAAAGUAUUCCUUAUGAUCGAUAUUAAUGAGCGACCUAACCUUUAAAAAUUUAUCUGCAGUUUAUUUAGUUUCGUUUAACGGAUGAGGAUUGUAAAUAUGUCGGUUGUGGUGAACACACAAAUAUAUCGUUUCACAGAAUAACAUCUUUAUAUCUUAGUAUUAUCUCGUUUGUGAAACUGGGGAAACGAUUCGCUUAGUCUUGACCUAGAUUUAUUUUUGCUUUUGGCUUUGGAUAGGCUUUAAGCUUUUAGUUUAGAUUAUAAGUUCGAGAAAUAUAUUAAGACAUAAGUACUGAACCCGGAAGUAGGCCGUUCGCCCUUCUCACAACUGACGUGAUCUUCAAAUUUUGCGCACAUGCAUAGGUCGGAAACGGAAGAUCAAAAAUAUUUUUAAGCUAAAUGUGGUUUGACACUGAUUUGAUUUUGUGAUGUAUUUUUAAGUAUAUUAUCUGUAAUAAAAGUUCGUUGACUUUAUUAUGUUGUAGAUAAUCAAAAUCUGCAAUAAAAAUGUUCAAAAUUAA